AAUCGCUAACAUUUUGACAGAAAAGUUACGAAGAAAGAAGAAAGACUUUUUCAAAAUUCCGAUGAUCAAGAAAACCUGAACCUGCGAUUUACAACAAGGGAUCCAUAAUGUACUGGAGCCAUGUAUGGAUCAUGUCAACUGUUUUGUGCUUAGCUUUUUACACCACUACAGUGGUCAACGCAGAGUGGUCAUCAGAUUUGUCCAAAAAAGAUGAUCUACUGGGUCUUAAUAUCGGCCUUGGUGACGACCUUUUCAGUUCAAGCUACGACAGCAGCAGUUUGCUGAGAGAAAAACUACAACAGGACGAUGCACACCAACGAGGAGCAUUUCCUAUCAUGGAUGCGUUCAAGGAACACACGUUGCUGACUGCUGAUGAUCUCAGAGAAAAAGUCGAGAACAGUUACACAGACAAGGCUGGGAUUCGCCAGGCAGUGGAGGAAGCUUUGACGAAACUCCAUAAGAAGAAAGAACAAGAACAUGCACAAGCAGAUCAGGCGCAUGCGCCGAGCAAACCUCAUAUGGUCACAGCUAAGGAAUUGAUUGAUGAGGUUGUAAAACAGGAGAUAGCAAGCCACAUAGAUCACGCCGCUGCCAGCCCUGGUAGCCCUAUAGGUGUUCCAGACAGCGAUGACUUGAAAAGUCAACUGCACCAAAAACUCGAAGAAAUCACUAAGAUUGAGACGAAGUUAUUCUCUCUUAUUCGCGAUGUGAAGGGGUUUUUGCUGACAAAGAAAGCCGAGCAAGGCACCGACAAAAGUGAUUCAGCGAGCCUGAAUGGAGACAGUGACAUCGACAACCUGUCGGUUGACAGUCUAAUUUCUAAACGGAGCGAGAUUCCUUUUAACAUCAACAGAUUUCGCGAUAACGUGACUCUAGUAGAAAACUUCAUUCGUGAUGCUCUCAAAGACGACUUCACAAUCGAUGAAAGUGAAUUCAGUGAGAGCGACAAUGACAAUGAGGACAAAAAGGUUGCAAAACAGGGAGACACGAGGGACUUGCUGGGCAAAGAAGAUACAGAAAAGGCUUUGCUUAAAGAAGCAAUCCCUGGGGAAAUUGAGGAUAUACCCGUGUCUAGCUUAGAGCGAGAAAUUGACGAGAAUGACUCGGUUGCCAGCGAUCACGGGAUUACCCGUGAUGCUUUGGUGGAUUCACCAUUCUCGGACUUGGACUACAAGAAAGUUACUGGGAAGAGAUCCAGGCAUUUCGUAUCUUAGAGAAAACACACUAGAACCAACCCUUUCAUCUUGACUAUGCACCCUUCGUUAGUGGUUUUACUUGCCACAAUACUAAACAAAAGAAAUUAAACCUUACAGUGCGCGAUUUCGAAGGAUUGUAUAUACCAUUUCGAUGCCAAAUGGUGUAGACUCAUCGAUUGGUUGCUUACUAAAAAUAUCUGAAGAGACAAAAACUGUCACUAUCUCAUGCAUUUGUAAUAAGUACGUGUUUGACUAUCCUGUUUCUCCUGAGAAAUUUGUGAUAACUCCAUUUGUUAUAUGCCUAACUCCGUGUGCGGGAGAGAUGAACCGAAUCCUUCGCUGUGAAACUUUUUCAGUCAAGAUGCCUGGAUAUUGGCCUCGUUCUUGUUUUGCGUGUUUAUGGACCGAGACGGAACACGCAUAGAAAAAACUUGGUCAAUAUCCAGCCAUCUUGACCUUAUGCUUGGUCAAUAACCCAUGUAUACGAGUGUAAGGGGAAUAAAUAAGUUAUGGAGGCUACAACAGGGUAAAUGGAAUGGAGGGGCUGGUGGGGGUUGUUCAUCCAGUGCGAAAAGCUUUGAAAUAGUAUGGCUUUAUUUUUAGUUUGAAUACUACCCCUAUAUAUACCCCUCUAUAGGUAGAGAUCAACUUCAUAAAUAUAAUAUUACCAUGAUAUUUUCAUUAAAUCAACACGAAAGACAGUGUAUUACAUUGCACGUGCCGCAAGUUACUCAAGCGCGAGUGAAGAAAGAUGCUACGUGUACUGUUGAAUAACCUACAAAUGUUAUGAGCAUUUCCAACUCAUUCCUUCUGUUAUUCCAAGUUACAAACAUCUCGAUUAACUCUCAUUUAUAAAAUAUUUCCAUUCUUGUUGUUAAUGAUAAAUAUUACUAUUCGUGUUGUGCCUAAAUAGACAUUAAAUUGUAGUAUCCUCCGUAUCCAAUAAGUAAGAGACCACGAUGUCUAUUUUUAUUUUAUUGCAGCUGUUUGGUCUAUUUUUAUUUUAUUGCAGCUGUUUGGUCUGUUUGUAUUUUAUUGCAGCUUUUUGGUCUGUUUUUAUUUUAUUGCAGCCGUUGGUGCGAAUUUUGAAUUGUUGAUAACAUGCUUGGUUUUGCGUGAGAGAAUUCAGGCCAGAUUCUUCAGUUACUUUUAACAGGGUUCGCAAGGGUCAUCGAAAAAGCUGGAGAGCCGUGGAAUUCAAGAAUUUCGUUUUCCAGGCCUGGAAAGUCAUAAAAUUGAAUUGUUGGUCGUGGAAAGUCAUGGGAAAUAAAAGUUAAGCCUGGUACGUUCAUGCCUGCACAUGUCAUAGACAGAGAAACAAGUAUUUGCAUGGGUAAUGUUAACAAAAAAAAAAA